AUGGCUCAUCUUGUUUUCUGUCCUGCGCACUGCUAUUCAGCACCAUACUGUGCACUGCUAUUCAGCACCAUACUGUGCACUGCUAUUCAGCAUCAUACUGCCCACUGCUAUUCAGCACCAUACUGCCCACUGCUAUUCAGCACCAUACUGUGCACUGCUAUUCAGCAUCAUACUGCCCACUGCUAUUCAGCACCAUACUGCCCACUGCUAUUCAGCACCAUACUGUGCACUGCUAUUCAGCACCAUACUGCGCACUGCUAUUCAGCACCAUACUGUGCACUGCUAUUCAGCACCAUACUGCGCACUGCUAUUCAGCACCAUACUGCCCACUGCUAUUCAGCACCAUACUGCCCACUGCUAUUCAGCACCAUACUGUGCACUGCUAUUCAGCACCAUACUGCGCACUGCUAUUCAGCACCAAACUGCCCACUGCUAUUCAGCACCAUACUGCCCACUGCUAUUCAGCACCAUACUGUGCACUGCUAUUCAGCACCAUACUGUGCACUGCUAUUCAGCACCAUACUGCGCACUGCUAUUCAGCACCAUACUGCGCACUGCUAUUCAGCACCAUACUGCCCACUGCUAUUCAGCACCAUACUGUGCACUGCUAUUCAGCAUCAUACUGUGCACUGCUAUUCAGCACCAUACUGCCCACUGCUAUUCAGCACCAUACUGCGCACUGCUAUUCAGCACCAUACUGCCCACUGCUAUUCAGCACCAUACUGCGCACUGCUAUUCAGCACCAUACUGCCCACUGCUAUUCAGCACCAUACUGCCCACUGCUAUUCAGCACCAUACUGCGCACUGCUAUUCAGCACCAUACUGCCCACUGCUAUUCAGCACCAUACUGCCCACUGCUAUUCAGCACCAUACUGCCCACUGCUAUUCAGCACCAUACUGCCCACUGCUAUUCAGCACCAUACUGCGCACUGCUAUUCAGCACCAUACUGCCCACUGCUAUUCAGCACCAUACUGCCCACUGCUAUUCAGCACCAUACUGCCCACUGCUAUUCAGCACCAUACUGCCCACUGCUAUUCAGCACCAUACUGCCCACUGCUAUUCAGCACCAUACUGCCCACUGCUAUUCAGCACCAUACUGCGCACUGCUAUUCAGCACCAUACUGCCCACUGCUAUUCAGCACCAUACUGCCCACUGCUAUUCAGCACCAUACUGCCCACUGCUAUUCAGCACCAUACUGCCCACUGCUAUUCAGCAACAUACUGCCCACUGCUAUUCAGCACCAUACUGCCCACUGCUAUUCAGCACCAUACUGCCCACUGCUAUUCAGCACCAUACUGCCCACUGCUAUUCAGCACCAUACUGCCCACUGCUAUUCAGCACCAUACUGCGCACUGCUAUUCAGCACCAUACUGCCCACUGCUAUUCAGCACCAUACUGCCCACUGCUAUUCAGCACCAUACUGCCCACUGCUAUUCAGCACCAUACUGCCCACUGCUAUUCAGCACCAUACUGCCCACUGCUAUUCAGCACCAUACUGCCCACUGCUAUUCAGCACCAUACUGCCCACUGCUAUUCAGCACCAUACUGCCCACUGCUAUUCAGCACCAUACUGCCCACUGCUAUUCAGCACCAUACUGCCCACUGCUAUUCAGCACCAUACUGCGCACUGCUAUUCAGCACCAUACUGCGCACUGCUAUUCAGCACCAUACUGUGCACUGCUAUUCAGCACCAUACUGUGCACUGCUAUUCAGCACCAUACUGCCCACUGCUAUUCAGCACCAUACUGCGCACUGCUAUUCAGCACCAUACUGCCCACUGCUAUUCAGCACCAUACUGCGCACUGCUAUUCAGCACCAUACUGCGCACUGCUAUUCAGCACCAUACUGCCCACUGCUAUUCAGCACCAUACUGCCCACUGCUAUUCAGCACCAUACUGCGCACUGCUAUUCAGCACCAUACUGUGCACUGCUAUUCAGCACCAUACUGUGCACUGCUAUUCAGCACCAUACUGCCCACUGCUAUUCAGCACCAUACUGCGCACUGCUAUUCAGCACCAUACUGCCCACUGCUAUUCAGCACCAUACUGCCCACUGCUAUUCAGCACCAUACUGCCCACUGCUAUUCAGCACCAUACUGCCCACAGCUAUUCAGCACCAUACUGCGCACUGUUAUUCAGCACCAUACUGCCUGUGA